AUGAGUUUUCAAGCGUUAUCUGAAAGACUAGACCAAUCUCUAGAAAUUUUAUCAGUAAAAUUGGCUGAAUUAAUCAAACUAACAGCAAUUCAAGAAAUAGAUGUGGAUAUUCAAAACUAUAAUAAUAAGAAAAACAAUAAUAACAAUAUAUCCAAUAAUUCAAGUACAAAUUCCGAUAACACUAUUUCAUCUGAUUUGACUGUGGCCACAGAUGGUGUAUCCAUGGUAAAUAACCAUACACGGCAACUUAUCAAAAGUGUACAAGAUUUAUUGGUCUUAACUAGAACCAUUAGGGAAACAUGGUUAUUAAAUCAAAUCCCAAGUAAUAGUAGAGACAGCGUCGAUCAUAACAAUACUACUAGUAUAACUAGCAAUGAACAGCUUAUCAAACAACAAGAAAUUGAUUAUAAACAUGUAGAAAGUUUAAUUGAUAAAGCUAUAAAUACAAUAGUAAAUUGA